CCAUUUCGUGUACUGAUGGUGAUGCUAAUCCCUCUUUCACGUAUCAGAUAUUAUCUGGGGAUGGAAAUAAAUUUCAUGUCUCGUCCAAUGGUGAUUUAGAAAUAGCUAAAGAUCUGGACUAUGAUCAAGGUAUCACAGCUUACUACAUGACGAUUCAGGUUUCAGAUGGUAUUCAAUCAACAUAUGUAUGGGUUCUGAUUCAACUCUCUGCAGUAAAUGAACACAGACCAGGGUUUCUAUCAAAUCCAAAAAUUACCGUAAAUGAGAAUUCUGCUAUUGGAACAAUGAUUUUCAAAUAUGAAGCAGACGAUGGUGACGCACCACCUCAUGGGGUGACGUCAUAUAAGAUAUUAAACGUGAAAAACGGAAACCAAAAUUAUUUUUUACUGGACAAAACAUCUGGAAAAAUCUUCCUGGGAGAGAAGCUCGAUUUUGAGAAAAUACAACAAUAUGAAGUUGUUGUCAUGGCAACAGAUGGCGGUCGGGACACAACUACCGGCACAGUGACAAUCAAUAUAGAUAACGGAAAUGACCACGCCCCCUUUUGCAAAAAGUCAUCAGAUGCAAUCAGUGUAUCUGAAUCUGAAGCUAUAGGUCACGUGGUAGUGGCGGACUUUGGAUGUUAUGACGUGGACAAUAAUCCUCUUACCUUCUCCCUGAGUCAGAAUCCAUCAGAUAACACCUUCGUGUUGGACCCUGCAACUAAACAACUCAAAGUGAAAGGUACCCUUGACUAUGAGCGCACAUCUUUCUACAAGAUUACAAUUACCAUAUCAGAUGGGAUAUUUUCUACGUCCCUCAAGCUUUCAAUUAACAUUUUAAACGUUAACGAAGUUGCUCCUCAAUUUAUUAAGCAAGAUUUCCAGUCUACUGUGAGUGAAGCAGCCACCAUUGGAACGUCUGUCGCUACUGUUUCUGCUACAGAUAGCGAUAACGAUACAGUCACAUAUUCCUUCCUGGAACUUUAUCCACAUUUUGUGCUCAAUCCUAAAAGUGGAAAAAUCAUCCUCCGGGCACCUGCUGAUAGGGAGACCAGUCCUACUUUUAUCCUGUAUGUCUUGGCUUCUGAUGGAGAGAAGAGUUCCACUGCCACCGUCUCUGUGACUGUAGAGGACAUUAACGAACACCCUGUGUUUAAACAAUCCAGUUAUCAGUUACUGGUUUCGGAGAAUACAGCGACAGGGACGACAGUCGGUAGUAUUUCCGCUGUUGAUGAUGACGAAGGAAUCAAUGGACAAGUCCACUAUAGGAUUGUAUCGGGGAAUGACGAUUCUAAAUUUCACAUCGAUAUAUCUAAAGGCAUUAUAUCCGUCGUUACGCCUAUAGAUUAUGAAGAUAUUAAAACAGUUGUUAUGGCAAUUGAAGCCUUUGAUCUUGGUUCUCCAUCAUUGUCUACAGAGUGUUCGGUAAUUGUUAAAAUAUUGGACAAAAAUGACAAUGCACCAGAGUUAUUACAAACUGUCUUACAAGAGCGAGUUUCAGAAAGUGCUCUGAUUGGUCAGUCAGUUAUCAGUGUGUUUGCUGAAGACGCCGAUUCCUCACUUAAUGAUAACAAUAAGAUUACAUAUUUCUCCGCCUCUUUAGUGCCCUUCCAGGUGAACCCAGUCAAUGGUACUGUAACUGUUACAGGUGAUCUAGACAGGGAAACCAAAGACAAAUAUGAAAUGGUUAUAACUGCCACUGAUGGCGGAAACCCACGUAUGACGGGAACCCUGUCACUAAAAAUAAUUGUAUCUGACGUCAAUGACCACGACCCAGUCAUAACUGGGAGCUACGUCACCACUGUAUCUGAAAACGCCCCGGAACACUCAGUUAUUUUCAAUAUUAGUGCAUACGAUGCUGAUACAGAGAAAUUUGGAAAACUUAACUAUGAAAUCAUUUUGGGGAACCUUAACUCAAUCUUCAAGAUUGAAUCAAAUACGGGAGUCGUGCAAUUAGCAACAACAUUAGACAGAGAGUAUAAAGACAGAUAUGAGUUGAUUGUAAAGGUCACCGACAAUGGUGUCCCUCCAAGGUCGUCUACUGUGACCGCAGUGGUAAAUGUAGGAGAUGAAAAUGAUUCGCCUCCCGUUUUAUCGAAAUCUGUAUACGAAUUCAGCAUACAAGAACACGUGAGACAAAAUACCCUUGUCGGGAACAUUGAAGCCACAGAUAAAGAUAUUGGUAAAAAUGCUAAACUGAAAUAUAGUAUAGCUACAAUUUGGAAAGGAAACACGGGAGUGUUCGAUAUAAAAGAAAUGACUGGUGAGAUCUUAACCAAUGGGGUAGUGGAUCGGGAAGCUUAUGAUGAAUAUUCCUUACUGAUGAGAGCUAAGGACAGUGGAACACCCACCCUAUUUUCUGAUGUAAUCGUAAAAAUUAAAAUUGACGACAUUAAUGACAAUCCACCAAUAUUCAGACGACAAGAAUUUUCAACGGCUAUUUUUGAAAAUCUUGCUGUAAACAGUAAAAUUCACACGACUGGAGCCACCGACCGAGAUGUAGGAAUAAACGCUAUAAUUAAAUAUGAACUUGACAUUUCGAACAAAAAUGGCUUACUCGCUGAUUAUUAUUUUGGUGUCUAUGGAAAUACAGGAGACAUUUUCCUCAAACGUAGAAUAGACAGGGAAGCCUAUGACGAGUUGACAUUCACAGUUAUAGUCAGAGACACAGGUGUACCAUCAUUAUCCAGCUCAGCAAACGUAACUGUCCAGAUCCAAGACGUCAAUGAUAACAGGCCUGUUUUCUCCCCUGUGUUUUAUAACUCUGAAGUCUCCUCCGUUAAACUCUGUGAUGCUGAAGUAACAAAAAUUACAGCAACGGACGCAGAUUUAGGAAAAAACGCAGCCAUAAAUUUUGAGCUGGAAACAAAAGAUCUACCCUUUGUCGUGUCUCCACUUGGAAAAGUAAAAGCUAACGGGAAAUUGGUUGAUUCUAAAUACGUUUUCAAAAUCAUGGCACAUGAUAAUGGUAAUCCCUUUCUGACGUCAUCAGAUCCAGCCCUGGUCAGGGUUGAUAGAUUUGACCCUAAUAAAGUUGUCAUCACCUUUCAUCUUGGUAUGACCUUAGCAUCAUUUUAUCAAAUGGAAACGAACUUUCUGCAGCAACUAGAGGAAGCGCUCCUGGUUAAAUAUGUUACUCCUUAUGUUAAAAGAUGGUGUGUGCUAGAGAAUAAGGAAUCAGUUCUUGUUUAUAUCUAUGCCGUAAAGACUGAACUCACGAACGACAUUAAAAACUUGCACAGAAACAAGGCAUUCUUAACUAAUGGCGAAUUUCUAGACCUCCUUGAAAUCGAUGUCAAUGGUAGACCAUUUAUAGAAGAUGAGAGGUGGGAUGAAUACAAGAUUGAAAAGGUUGUUCCUUACGGAGGUAAACGUGUUAAUGCUGACCCGGUGGUCUCCCCUGUGGAAGAGAGUGACACCAGUUUAGCGGUACCUCUGGCCUUAUCUCUGCUCUUAAUCAUUGGAAUAAUAAUUGCAGUUCUGAUACUAUGUCUGGCUUGGAGAAAGCGAUGGUGUCGAAAGAAAAAAAAAAAGGAAGAUUUAAAAACCCGAGCACAUAUCAUAGAAAAAAUGGGUCAGGAAAAUGAUGGAACAGUCUUUGAGAAGGAAAUGGAAAGGGUUCCAUCAACAAUUAAUCCAACAUUUUCUACUGCGUUCCUUUCUGCUAACACAGUUGACGAGCCAUUAAAACCCACAAAAAAUACAGAAAAUACGUCUGCUGGAAAGGGACACGAAGGGGAAGACAAUAGAAAUAGUGAACCCAGCCCUUUCAAUAGUUCUAAAUUUGCCAAGAGGAGCCUUGUAUCCCCGGCUUAUUCAGGGAACGAAAUUGUUAACCCCGUACCGACUAAUGGUGAAAAGUUGACCAAUUAUGUAUUAGCAACUUCUCCAAAAACGACAAAGCGCGGGAAAGAUAUCGUAACUGGAUGGAUUUAUGAAGAGGAUCCACAGACAAAAGUCAGGAAUUGGAUUCGUACACCGACUGGCGAAAAUCAAUCAUCAUACUUUUACUGAAACGUGUUAAACAUGUGAUAGAAAUAAGCACUUGAAUCAUUUGUGAUGAACCUCGGAUAGAAAUUAACACACACACAAACUAUCAACAUAUCUGUUGAUAUGAAACGACAAAUUAAAUGUUUCACUUGCAAAAGCAUUCUGUGUUAAUUGCAUAGUUACUGAAAAAGUUGUCUUUCCAGUAGAAAAAGAAAACAAACCUCUUCUCAAAAGAAAUGCAUGGAUUCUGUAUCAUACGAAAUCACAACGUCGUAGAAUAAAUCAACUUUUAACUUU